UUACUAUUGCUUCCUACCCCGGGAGGCUUGAUGAAAAUGUGGACUACACAAACCUAGAUUGUAAACAUUGGACUAUCGUGCAUUACUUCGAUCGUUUGUACAUCUAGAUUUAGAUACUUUCACUAAGAUCUAGACAUAGAUCUACCUCGAGCCUAAUUAUGGCUCUACCUCCUGAAAAAAUAAACGAAUUGAAACAAAUUAUUCACUCCCAAAUAUCACAGAUGGAUAUUCAAAACCAAAUCCGCGGAGUUGUUUCAAAGAUGGUGCCUGACAAAGCUGGAAUAAGUAAUGGUGUAAAUGAAGCUGAUGUCAUGAAUCAGCUUCGACAACAGGGUGUAGUGGAUGAAAUCAUGAGACAUCUACAAAUGAACGGCAAUCAGAAUGGGAAACCAGCAACUCACUUUACAGAUGGAACCAAUCAUUUAAACAAUCCUUUGGCCAAAAAAGCCAAUAUAGAUCCCACAAGACGCUACCUCUAUCUUCUGGUUAAUGGUGGUAGAGCUUUCUUAGAGCAUUUAGAAGAUCCUGAAGCUUUACCUGGACAGAAAGUCUCUGCAUAUUUCACACUUCAUAUUUACUUCAGAAAUCAAAGGUUCAGGUCUCGCCCAGUUCCUUGUGCAGUGGAGCCUGAAUUUGAUGAAGGAUUUUUGUUAGAGCUUCACAAAGAAAGUGCAGGUGAAGCAGGGAAAAUAAUUGACAUUACUUCUAUGCUAUCUGUCAGUGAUCCUAUACACUUGGUUCUGAUCAAAACUGAUGCUGUAGGGGACACCACUCUGGUGUCUUCUCACUUUUUGGAGUGGAGGCCCUUGUUAACAUCCAAACAGGGUCUCAUACGACUGAGCCUGGAAGUUCUUGGCACAGGCAAUGAAUCCAGGGUGCCAGUGGGUGUUCUGGACUUACAGCUGGAGAUGUUUCCCAAGUCAGCUCAGAGUAUCGAAGAAAAUGCUGUCCGAGCUCAGCUGGAAAUGGAAAAAAGUCGCCAGGCAGACAAAGAGCGGUUGUUUCUGGUGUAUGCCAAGCAGUGGUGGAAGGAGUACCUGCAGAUUCGUGAGUCACACCAGGAUAGAUUGGUCAAACUGUUUGCUCAGGAUGAAAACGGUGUCAAACGGCCAGUGUCAAGUUACGUAAAGCCAUUAAGAGCUGGCCGUCUUUUAGACACACCAAGAGAGGCAGCUCGAUUUGUCUCUCUUAUGCAUCAUGAGAAAGUACAGGCGCUUGGUGGUGGCGGCAGAGUGGAGCAGUGGACUAGCACACAUGCUUUCCUUUGUCGCAAUCGUGGAGACUGUGAAGACCACACCAUUUUACUGUGCAGCCUGCUUUUAGGCUUUGGACUGAAUGCUUAUGUGUGUGUUGGUACAAAGCUCAAAGGUUCUGUUCACACUUGGGUGAUGACUAUCAGUGCUGAUGGGGCCAUCACAUUCUGGGAAAGUUUGAAUGGUCAUAGAUUCCUCCAUGUGCCAAUCAACCCUAAUGCACCUCCACUGGACAAGUUAAGCAGACCUAAUUACCCAUACAAAACUGUAGGGUGUGUAUUCAAUCACCAGUCUUUCUAUGCUAACAGUCAGCCUUCAGAUUCAGUUGAGGUAUGUCAUUUUGACCUGGCCAAUGAGGCCCACUGGAAAUCAAUGUCCAGUGAUGCUAUCAUAUCAGUCUGUGGGGCUGGGGCAUGCCCCACCUGGCCCAUACCACCUCCCCUCAGCCCUUCCACCCUUGACCCCAUCCUACUAAGUAACGAUUUGGAGCAACAGCUGAGAGUUCUUGUCAUGGAGCAUAGAAGGGAUCAGGGUCUAACAACAGCCUGGGAUGACCAGCUCAGCUACAUCCUCACGCCAGCUUUGGCUGCAUAUGAAACAGAACGUCUUACAGGUAUUACAGCAGGCAAUGAGGAGUUCCAGGACGCUGUAAGACUAUCAGUGCCAGAAGGCCAAACUUUCAAAGGCUACCCUAUCCAGUUUUCUCACAGAAAUGCCAGGAAGGCCUUUGUAACCUGUCUCAGGUCACCAGUUUGUGAUGAAAUAAUCAACUGCCGAGGUGAUCAGGUAAAGCUGGGUGUCAGGGUCAAGGUCUACGCCUACCCAGAGUCUGCUUGUGCGACGUGGAUCAUGUUUGCCUGCAAGUACAAGUCUAUCGUGUAGUAUUUGUUGAAAUCUUUAUUAUCAGUGAAAGAACUGGGACAAAUGUUGGUAGAAAAAUGAGGUACUUCUACUUUUAAUAUUUCAUUACAAUCAUGCUCAGUGGGCUUGUGGCUUGUGUGAAUGAUGUGUGCAAAAUGGAAACUGCUUUGGAAAAUGGUUUUGAAGAUAUAUAUUGAUGUCUUGUUAAAGUACUUAAAGAAAUAUUUUUUUUUGUGAUAUAAUGGUCUUAAUAUCUAUGCAAAACUUUUUUUUUAUUGACCUUAAAUUAAGAAUUUUUUUUUUUAUAUGUAAAUUUACAAAAGUCAUGUUAGCUAGAAAUAACCUUUAAAAUUUGUUUUAUAGCUAUAUUUUGUUAAGAUCUAUAGCCAUAUUUCUUUUUGUUACUAUAAUUUUUACAUCUAGAAUCAAACAUGGUGUAGAAAAGUAGUUAAAAGGUCGGUGAAAUACUUUAAAAAAUAACACUAUCAUGUUUACUUAACUUCAGUAUUUGCUAGUAUGAAUGUUCUGCCAUCUGUGUUACCUUUAAAAUAUUUGCUUUGAGAGGGAUGUUAUGAGAAUAACAUGUUUGUUACUACAGCAAACAUUCUAGAACUGCAUGCUGGACAUUUUCUGAACUGCUCCCCAGGCAAGUUUGUGACACAUAUUUACUAUCUUCCAGAUAAUGAUCUGCUCUCUUCCAAGUUUAAACUAAUUGGCAAUUCUUUGUAACAGAGUAUAUAUUUGUUUGUCUUUUUUUAUUUUUUUAAUCUAAUGAUUUGGUCAAGUCGACCAUUCAUGACUUCCUUUCAGUUCUGUCUCUCUUUUAAAGGCAUUUGUCUUUUUGCUUAAGUCUGCAGCUGAUUUUUUUCAAAAAUUUUGCAAAUAUUUCUUUUGAUUUUUGUUCUCAUCCCUUUUGGUUUCAUUUCUAUGAAGUCUUUCUAGGCUUUGAUCCCAGUCUUAAAAGACAAAUCUUAAAUAUAAAAUGAUUUUGUGUUGGUACGAUUGUUAACAUAGGUAUUUUUUUUUAUGGAAACAUAAUUAAAUUGUUUGCUCAUUUCACUAUAAAUAAUCGUUUUAAAAGAAGAUGCUUCUAGAAAACAUUCCUUUUCACUUUCAUGCUUCCAUAUGUGUAAAUCAUUUGUCAAGAAAUUUGUUUCUCACAUCAAUGUAUAUAGUUAGCAGGCAAUCCUCUUGUUCGGUAACACAAUAAAAAUGUCACUAGUUUGAAUGAUAUUGUGUUGUAAGUGCCAUAUAUAAAUAUUUGUAAGCUUGUUCCUUCUUUUCUAAAACUAGACGUUAUGUUGUUUUUUGAUAGCUCCAGACUUGUGUAUGAUCUGAUAGUCAGGAAUGUGCAUUAUAUGAUAGCCAGGAAUGUGUAUGAUCUGAUAGCUAGAAAUGUGUAUGAUCUGAUAGCUAGGAAUGUGAAUGAUCUGAUAGCUAGAAAUGUGUAUGAUCUGAUAGCUAGAAAUGUGUAUGAUCUGAUAGCUAGGAAUGUGAAUGAUCUGACAGCUAGAAAUGUGUAUGAUCUGAUAGCUAGGAAUGUGCAUUAUAUGAUAGCCAGGAAUGUGUAUGAUCUGAUAGCUAGGAAUGUGCAUUAUAUGAUAGCCAGGAAUGUGUAUGAUCUGAUAGCACCACAUAAAGUGUGGUACUAUAGUCACCAUGUUUGACUAUAUUAAGAUAUGUUAGCACCAUUUACAUUAGGAUAUGUUAGCACCAUGUACAUGUAGGAUAUGUCAGGAUAUGUAAGCACAAUGUACAUGUAGGAUAUGUCAGGAUAUGUAAGCACAAUGUACAUGUAGGAUAUGUCAGGAUAUGUAAGCACAAUGUACAUGUAGGAUAUGUCAGGAUAUGUAAGCACAAUGUACAUGUAGGAUAUGUUAGCACCAUAUACAUGUAGGAUAUGUCAGGAUAUGUAAGCACAAUGUACAUGUAGGAUAUGUUAGCACCAUGUACAUGUAGGAUAUGUAAGCACCAUGUACAUGUAGGAUAUGUCAGGAUAUGUAAGGACCAUGUACAUGUAGGAUAUGUCAGGAUAUGUUAGCACCAUGUACAUGUAGGAUAUGUUAGCACCAUGUACAUGUAGGAUAUGUUAGCACCAUGUACAUGUAGGAUAUGUCAGGAUAUGUAAGCACAAUGUACAUGUAGGAUAUGUAAGCACAAUGUACAUGUAGGAUAUGUAAGUACAAUGUACAUGUAGGAUAUGUAAGCACAAUGUACAUGUAGGAUAUGUAUGCACAAUGUACAUGUAGGAUAUGUUAGCACCAUGUACAUGUAGGAUAUGUCAGGAUAUGUAAGCACCAUGUACAUGUAGGAUAUGUCAGGAUAUGUAAGCACAAUGUACAUGUAGGAUAUGUUAGCACCAUGUACAUGUAGGUUAUGUAAGAACCCAUGUACAUGUAAGAUGUUAACAUCAUGUACAUGUCAGAUAUGCUUAGACCAUGGACAUGUUGGACAUGUUAGCACCUUGUACAUGUUAAUGUUUGAACCUUGUACAUGUAAGAUAAGUCAGGAACAUGUACACAUAGGACAUGAAUAGCACCAUGUACAGGAAUGAUAGAAAAGAGGAAACAAGUUUUGACAUUACUAUUUUCUACAUUUCAUAGUUUGUUUCAUAGGCAUGAUAUUUUUAGGUUUUUGUUUUUUAAACUUUGCCAUAAUUUGACUUGAAAAUAUGAUGAAUAUAUAUGUCAGGGUUUAUGUGAUAGACAACUUGAGAUUUCCAGAAAUGUAUUUUUAUAAACUUAGUGUUGAUAACCUGGUGAAUGCCUUUGGUUGCAUAUCUCUCUAUAGAAUGGUCAUAGAUUAGUUAGUAGAGUUGUAAGGACUAUGGACAUUUAUACAUCUCUUAAUAGUUUUUUUCUUUUUACCUUGUCAUAAAUACUAAUAGUAAAGUUAUAACUUU